AUGAGUGAUCUGCCAAAACCAGAAUCGUCCAAAUCAAUCAAAACAGAGACUCACGCGUGCCCUGACCCGGAAUGUGCCAAAGUAUUCAGUACAACAAUAAAAUUAAACGUACACCUCCGACUAGAACAUAACGUCAACUUUAAAUGUUCUUUGUGCUCAAAAACAUUUGACACAAACGCAAAAUUGGUCUCCCAUAAGAGUGUACACGAAGAUGAAAGCCGUUCGUAUGUCUGCCACGGAUGCAAACUUGCAUUCUCAGACCACUGUGACUAUUUAAUACAUGAAUUUACUCACAGUAAAUUUAGGAGUAAGUUUGAAUGUCCAGAGUGCGGCCUCAUAUCCUUAUUCCGGUCAGCCAUUCAAAGACAUGUCCAAAAACACUUUGAUAAAAAACAAACUUGCCCGAUAUGCUUCGAAGAAAUACAGACAUCUAAACUGCCAUCCCAUGUGGGACUACACAAUUCUAAUCGAGAAUGUGUUGAAUGUGGAAAAAGGUUAUUGGGUAAGAAGCAGUUUGAUGAGCACAUGACUGUCCACACCGGUGUUAAAAUCCAUCAAUGUCUUUACUGUGGAAAAGGAUUUGGUACAAAAAACCAAAAGGCGGUUCACACCCGUAUACAUACAAAUGAGAGGUUGUACUCUUGUAAAUAUUGUUGUAGAAAAUUUAUCCAAAUAACGGACAUGAAGAGACAUCAAGCCGGUCAUGACAAGAUUAGGAAUAUUGAGUGCCAAAUAUGUAAAAAGAAGUUUAUACGGGCGAUUGAUUUACAAUGCCACAUGAAGACGCACACCAAAAAGUACAGUUGUCCGGAGUGUGGUAAGAGAUUUAGUGUUAUAGUAUCAUUAAAACUGCAUUUAUUACAAGUACACUCUUCUGAGAGGCCCGUGGAGUGUAAGCCGUGUGGUAAAAGAUUUGCAUCUGAACAUCACUAUAGGGAACAUACCACAAGUAAAAUACAUAAAAGGAAUUUGUUUAAAGAAACUAAAGACAGUUAA